GGAAGUACAAAAGAUAGCCUCUUAAUAUUUAUUAUAUUUACUUUAUCGUUUAUUCCUAUGUUCAGAAUUCUAGAUCCCUCUAAACAGCCCAUUUAGUCGCACAUAUUCUAGUGUAUUCAUACCAAUGUCCAAACAAAUAUGAUAUUCACCUACUGUUGAAUUAGAACUAUAAUGUUGAAAUUACUAACUCUCUCUAGCGUUUUGGCUGCCGCCACCGCUCAUGGUAUUGUCAAGCAAGUUAUAUUUGAUGGCGUUACAUACGAUGGCCCAUACCCAAAUUAUGGUGAAGAACAAGAAUUUAAAGCUCAAGGUCCUAUCAGACAAGUUAAAAACCUUGAUCCAAUCACAGACAUCUAUUCACCAGAUCUUGCGUGUGGCAGAGAGUCUCUGCCUUCAGAAUACUCAGCCGAAGUCGGGGCAGGAGCUGAGAUUGAAUUCGUCUGGAAUGGUGGCGACGAUGGCUACCCAUGGCCACAUCAGGUUGGUCCGCUGUUAACAUAUAUGGGAAAUUGUUAUGAUGACUGUAACAACGUAGACCCAACAACAGUCGACUUUUUCAAAAUCUCAGAGCAGGAUAUGAGAGAAGAUGGCCAAUGGGAGCAGGCUUCCUUAGUUGACUUUGCAACUGCCAAGUCCAAGAUACCUGGAAACAUACAACCCGGAAACUACAUCAUCAGACAUGAGAUAAUAGCACUUCACAACGCCAAUGAGGUUGGUGGAUGCGAAUUUUACCCAAGCUGUACGAAUGUCUAUGUGAACAGUGAUGGAGACAGUGUUCCCGGAGAUACGGUGAGAUUUCCAGGCGGAUAUGACCCAGAAGAGGCGGGCAUAUACACCCCAGAACUCUACAAUCAACAAGAAGGGAUAACUGGAUACCAGCAACCAGGCCCUGGUAUCUACAAUACAUAGUAAUUACUUCCUGGACACCGUAAUGAACAAAAGACUUGUAAAAUAGACGAACUUACUUUUUUCC